GCUCGCAAGUGAAAGAAGAUGUACUCUCGGUGCAUAUUUUGGAUUUGCAUUUAUAGAAUGUAAGAAAAUGAUCGAGAAAGUUGAUGAAAAUGAUGUGGUUGUCACAAUUGGAGUUUGUGCGAUGGCGAAAAAGGCUAUGUCAAAGCCAAUGAAGGAAAUUUUGAGGAGAAUGGACAAGUUUCAACAUAUUCAGAUUAUUAUUUUCGAUGAGAAAGUAAUACUAGACUCACCCAUCGAAUGUUGGCCUAUAUGUGACGCACUUGUCAGUUUUUACUCCGAAGGGUUUCCUCUUGAAAAGCUAUCGCCUACUCGAAACUUCGAAAGCCAUAUCUUGUUAAUGAUUUGGAGUCACAGUAUAUCUUGAUGGAUAGGAGGCGAGUUUAUGAACGUUUGACGAGAGAAGGUGUUCCAGUCCCAAGAUAUGCUUUUGUUGACAGAACUGUAGAUAAGCCUGCUAAGGUUGUUGAACUAGAUGACUCUAUAGAGAUAAAUGGCGAGGUUUUCCACAAACCAUUCGUUGAAAAACCUUUGGAUGCAGAAGACCAUAAUGUGUAUAUAUACUUUCCUAGUAGUGCCGGAGGUGGUAGUCAACGUCUUUUUCGAAAAGUUGGAAAUCGUAGCAGCAAGUACUUCUCACAUAGUAAUAUACGAAAAAAUGGAUCAUAUAUGUAUGAAGAAUUUAUGCCAACAGAUGGUACUGAUGUAAAGGUUUAUACAGUUGCAGAUGACUAUGCUCAUGCUGAGGCUCGAAAGUCACCUGCUUUAGAUGGCAAAGUGGAGCGUGAUCACGAGGGCAAGGAAGUUCGUUAUCCUGUUAUCUUAACACCUAGGGAGAAAAUUAUUGCCAAAAAAGUGGCGAAAGCUGUACGUCAACAGAUUUGCGGAUUUGAUCUACUUCGAGCUAAUGGCAUGUCGUAUGUUUGUGACGUAAAUGGCUUUUCCUUUGUAAAAUCCUCUAAGAAGUACUAUGAUGAUUGCAGUCACAUCUUAGGUGUACUAAUUACACGUAAAAUUGCUCCACGUUUGUGUCUUCCAGCCUAUUUACCACCAGGUACGGAUGUCGACACACCGCUAGUACCAACAACCUGUGGAACUAUAAUGGAACUUCGCUGUGUCAUCGCAGUUAUUCGUCAUGGCGACAGAACACCGAAACAGAAAAUGAAAAUGGAAGUUUGUCAUGAAAAGUUUUUCUCCUUUUUCACUAAAUACGCUGGUGGUUGGGCUCAUGAAUUAAAAAUUAAGCGUCCUACUCAGUUACAAGAGGUCUUGGAUAUCGUGCGGUCCAUUUUGGAUGAAAUUGAUUCUGGUCAUUGUACUGAUAACCGUCUUCUUAGAAUCAAGCCAAAGUUUGAACAACUUAAAUAUGUUUUGGAAAUGUAUGGAUCGUUUAGUGGAAUAAAUCGCAAAAUUCAGUUAAAAUAUCAGCCACAUGGACUGGGUAAAGGAUCAAAGAUAGGUUAUUGCAGUGGAGCUUUGGCAUCAUGUGACACUGCUGAUGGAGCAUGCAGUGCCCAACCCACUUUGUUGGUUGUAGCAAAAUGGGGUGGAGAGUUAACAGCUGCGGGCAAACAACAAGCAGAAACUUUGGGCAAAGCUUUUCGUUGCAUUUAUCCAGGUGGAGAUGGCCAUUAUGGUAAAGAUCCUGGACUCGGUUUGUUGCGUUUGCACAGUACAUAUCGACACGAUCUAAAGAUAUACGCAUCUGAUGAAGGUCGAGUUCAAAUGACAGCAGCAGCUUUUGCUAAGGGCUUCCUGGCAUUAGAAGGUGAACUACCUCCGAUACUUGUUCAGAUGGUCAAAUCAGCUAACACAAAUGGUCUUCUAGAUAAUGACAAUGAUUGUCGUCAUUACCAACAGAUGGUGAAACGCCGAAUCAAUGAAGUAAUGUCGAAAGACAGUGAUUUCACAGCUGAGGAUAUUGCCACUCUUGUACCUACUGGCGCACGUUCUAUAGUGAAUGCAAUGCAUUAUGUAGACAAUCCACAUAGAGCAUGUGAUAGAUUGUUUGAACAUGUCCGUUUGUUAUCUAAUCGUCUUGCAUGGCUCUCACGAAGUGCCAAGGAACGAAGUCGAAUACACCUGUAUCAAGGUGAAAGCUGGGACUUGCUGCUACGGCGUUGGGGAAAGCUUUUGAAAGAUUUCCGAUCUCCUGAGGGUGAAUAUGAUCUAUCGAAAAUUUCAGAUAUAUAUGACAAUAUAAAAUAUGAUUUGCAACAUAAUUCUGGUAUUUUGUUAGAGUCUGAAGUACAAGAUUUUUUCAUGUGUGCCAAGUCACUGGCUGAUAUUAUUGUUCCACAGGAGUACGGUAUAACUGCAGAAGAAAAACUCGUGAUUGGUCAACGUAUUUGUACUCCACUUAUGCGAAAAAUCCUUUCCGAUGCGCGUUACACUGACGUCGAUGAAUGCACACGAUUGCAUGCUGGUCCAUCUUUCUCAUUACUUCUGUUGAAGUUGUACACAGUUUUUUUCUUUCUUGUAACGAAAAUAAAUUGA